AUGGACACGAAAUCGGAAGAUUUGGCGUCUGUUAAAAACGUGGAGAACACUGAACAGCCAAUCUUGCAAAUUAAAAAUCCAGUUGUUAAAGUUGCUCUUCAAGACUGGGAAGAUCUUGAUAAGGAUUUGGUGCAGCUUGAGUUGGACAAUGAUCAGUACAAGAAGAAGUUGGAGGAAAUGAAGGUCCUGCAGAAAAAAUGUCUGGCAGGCAUUGCUCAUCAGCGGUAUAGGCUAAAGAAGAUUACAGAGGCCUUAAAGCCAGUGAAGCAUUUAAGUGAAGAUGAAGAGAAGGCUGUGAAUGCUCUUCAGAUGCACAUGUUGAAAAAGAAGAGCACAUUUCGGGACUAUGAGGAUAACUUGCCACACAGAAAUGGAUUGUAUCUAAACAUAAUUCUUGGGCAGGUGAACAUCUCCUUACUUAACAAGGAAGACAAGUACCUGUACAAGCAGGACUAUGAGAGGUUCAAGCUGACUUUGAGUAACAUCAUUCUCAUCCUGUCACUCCUCCUUGUCCUUGGAAACUACAUUGUCGACUUCUCCAAUAUCAGAUGGGCUGACUCUAUUCUCCAUUUCCUUCUGGUCUGGUACUACUGCACACUGACAAUAAGAGAACAGAUACUUAUUGUCAAUGGAUCCAGAAUCAAGGGCUGGUGGGUGCUUCAUCACUUUGUGUCCACGGCCUGUUCCGCUAUCACACUCAUAUGGCCAGAUAGCUACUCUUACAUGCAGUUUCGAACCCAGUAUGGCUGGUUUAUCCUUUAUGUUGCGUUUGUCCAGCUGUUGCAGUACCAGUACCAAAAGGGUUGUCUCUACCGCCUCAAAUGUCUCGGUCAGCGACAUGACAUGGACGUCACUGUUGAAGGGUUUAUGUCAUGGAUGUUCAAGGGCCUGUCCUACCUGCUGCCUUUCUUGUUCAUGGCUUAUUUGUUCCAGCUAUACAACGCUGUGAUUCUGUACCAGCUGUCAUACGACCCACGAUGUACUGAGUGGCAGGUUCCUGUCCUCGCCAUCAUCCACCUUAUCCUCUUCCUCGGCAACAUGAGCACGACCCUGCUUGUCCUCAAGCAGAAAUUCACAGAGGAUAUAAAAAAUAUAAAGAAGUUUUACAAAACCAAGUAUCGCUUCAACAACUCCAAGCCAAAAAUCAUGUAGACUUACAAAUAAAGUCAGUGGCAUGUUGAAACAAGACUUUGACAUAGCACUGGUUAAGAGAGUUCUUAGAGGUUCAAUAAAACCAAAUUACAUUUAGAAAAGCUAAGGUGCACUUUAAAUAAUUCAGGUUAUGCUUAACAUGAUUCCACGUUUUCUGACAAACAUGUACAAAAUGGUACAGUAUUGAGUAAUGUUGAAGACCUUUAGUUAAAGGUCUACAGAGUCUUACAGCUCAUAACUGUAAAUCCUGGAAAAUGGCAGGGGAUCUGUUUUAGUACAUGUGUAGGACCGAUAAAUGCCCAAAGCAGGGUAAAGGAUCCCUUUUGAAAUAGUGUCCAAAGUCAUUUAUAUUAAUUUCAAGGUACUUUAUUCUGUUAUUGAUUCAAUUGUACCAGCAAAAACAAUCUGUACAACUGUACAGUAGUCCGAUUUUUAUUAAAACUUCAAAAGCCCUACUUCUCAGAGUAUUUUCGCAGUAUAUUUAUUUAUAGUGAAAGUGUACUUUGUUCUGGGCACAUCCAGAUGAGAUACUUUGAGCAACGUUGAGGAUGUUAGUUACAGUUUUUUUCCUUCCUGGGAUGGUAAAUGUACAAAUUGUACUUUGUACUUUGUUACUUGCCAUUUGCAGAAAUACUAUAAAACCAUCAUACUAAUUAGAAAUUUUAUUUGAAAAAGUUUGUUAUUUUUUUUGUGUUCAUUUUAUUAUCAGGUCAGAAAUACAUCUAUAAAUAACAAGUGCAAUAAAAUAGUCUUUCUUUGAUGACAAAAUAGUCUCUAGAUACAAUACAAGGUAAUUAUAAACAUGAUAUUGGCAUUUGUGAACGACAAGUUUGGUGUUGUAUUUUAUUAAUUCAUUGAUCGGGUAUGUUUGUUUUUUAAUUAGAAGGCUUUGUUAUUGUUACGUUCAUGGUUGGUUGUUGUGUUCGUUGUAAUUAUGUCAUAUGCAUGUUAUAUUUAAAUAGAGCGUAUAACUAAAACAUGAUACUUGAUCAUAUUAGUAAUACAUGUAGCUCAUUUUAAAUUUAUUCCUUCAUAGUAGUGUCCAACAUACUAUAACUCCAUCCUCAACAUUUAGUAAUUUACAACGCCUCAUUUGCGCUUGUUAUCUAUAAUGUUGUGUGCCAGUUACAUGAUGUAUAUGUUAUUUACUGAUCUAAGUCAUAAUGAUGUUGCCAUACGUGUAUAUCGAUCUUUACAUAAUUAUAAACUAAUACAAAAAGUA